AUGGCAGUUCCAGAUACCAUUAUUCCCCCCGGUCUCCCCGAUACCUCCCUUUGGUCUCCCCCCCAAUUCCCAGGAAAACGUGGUGGCAAGGUGACUCCGCUCAUCAGCAAUAGUGAUGCAACAGAACAGCGUAGAAAAGUUCAGUUUGAUCCAAGAACGCAUCUUCAGUUUAACCCUCCUUCAAAGGUUCAUUCUAUGAAGGAAUUAGGUUAUGAUGAUAAUGCUGGGAUAUCUCCAAUUGGGGUAUCUGAACCAUUCUCGCUAUUCUCAGCUGAGGCUAUUCGCUGUAUGAGGUCAGAAGUGUUGAGCAAAGAGGUAUGGAGUGAGUAUCAGUUUUCGAGUGAUCUGGCGAUGUGUCAGCUUCGAGGAUUUGCCCCAAAAUAUGCGCCUUUUGUGUAUGAUGCAUGGAAAAGCCCCGAGACGCUGGCUAUUGUGUCAAAGAUUGCGGGAAUAGACCUGGUUACUGCGAUGGACUGGGAGAUUGGUCACGUCAAUAUUUCCGUCCAGACAGAGGAAGAGAAGAAUAAUGCUUUGGCGGAGGCUGUGAAUGGGGCGGCAGGUACAUAUGACGAUGAUGUUGCCCCCAUUGUUGACUGGCAUACGGACAGUUAUCCUUUCGUUUGCGUGACUAUGUUGAGUGACUGUACCGACAUGAUAGGUGGAGAGACAGCACUCCGCAGAGGUGAUGGUAGUGUUGUGAAAGUGAGGGGCCCACAAAUGGGAUGUGCCGUGGUGCUUCAAGGGAGAUACAUUGAGCAUCGAGCUCUACGAGCACUAGGCACGACUGAGCGGAUCACAAUGGUCACUUCAUUCCGGCCUCGCUGCCCAACACUUAAAGACGACACUGUGUUGACAACCGUCCGACCUAUCUCCGACCUGUCUGAACUGUACUUUCAGUUCAGUGAGUAUCGGCUGGAGAUGUUGGAGGAGAGAAUUCGAAGCCAGCUCAAGGAAGCUCGUGAUGCAAGAUAUGCCGGCAGACCCUUCAAUACACAGAAGCUGAAAGAGUUCCUCGCAGUCCAGAUUGAGUUCCUAACUCAUAUGAACAAUGAGAUUGUUGAAAACGAUAAGGUGCAAAAGGGUGUCACCGACGACAGCCAUCUGCGAUCAGCGGAUCUGAAGGAGCGCUCAAGGAAACGGGCUCUUGCUACGGCUGCAUAG